AUGGACCUCGUCCUCCACAUAGCUGAUGAAUGGUUCCUCGACAAGGUUUAUGCUCAUCUCGUGCCCCUCUCUGCCUUCGGCGCUUCCCCAGAAUUGGCUAAAUCCCUGAACGCGACCACCAAUUUAUUUACCACUUCUGCUGAUUCUUCAACAUGGUCACGACUUGUCUCCCAUCUACCCCAUCCUCCGCUAUCCCAUGAAAUUGCAUCCUCAAUAUACGCCAACUCUCAGUCAAUAUCAGCUUGGCCAAGAGACUAUAUUCCCCGGCAAAUCGCGUCUUUGUCGAUCCUUACUAUGAUUGGAAUCCAUAUUCUGUACUUCCUGUUCGCUGGUCUAUCAUACCAGUUUAUUUUCAAUCAUGAGAUGAUGCGGCACCCUCGGUUCCUCAAAAACCAGGUUGCACUGGAAAUCCAGACCAGUCUCCGAGCCUUCCCCGUGAUGAUGCUCUUGACUCUUCCCUGGUUCCAAGCUGAAGUGCGAGGAUACUCCAAAUUGUAUGACGGGUUGGACACAUACGGCUAUUUCUAUCUUUUCGCAUCGGUACCGCUAUACCUAUUAUUCACCGAUUACGGUAUCUAUUGGAUCCACAGGUGGCUUCAUAUCCCAUUUUUCUACAAGCACCUGCAUAAACCACACCAUAAAUGGAUCAUCCCCACUCCGUUCGGAUCACACGCAUUCCACCCUGUGGAUGGCUAUCUCCAAUCUGUCCCAUACCACCUCUUUAUUUUCAUCUUCCCGCUGCAUCGUGUAACCUAUCUUGUUAUGUUCGUUCUGGUCAACUUCUGGAGCAUCUUCAUCCACGACUCUGAUAUGAUUACGGGACAUAUCUUUGAAAAGGCCAUUAAUGGCCCCGCUCACCAUACGCUCCACCAUUUGUAUUUCACUGUCAACUACGGUCAAUACUUCACAUGGGCAGACCGUGUAGGAGGAUCAUACCGACAGCCGGAAUCCCAUCUUGACCCUCUCCUCGAAGUAAAAGCUUUGAAAGACGAGUAG